GUGAGUGAGUGAGUGAGUGAGUGAGUGAGUGAGUGAGUGAGUGAGUGAGUGAGUGAGUGAGUGAGUGAGUGAGUGAGUGAGUGAGUGAGUGAGUGAGUGAGUGAGUGAGUGAGUGAGUGAGUGAGUGAGUGAGUGAGUGAGUGAGUGAGCCAGGCCCUACUCUGGGCACUGAGCCUCUCCGGUUAAUGUUGGUGAAGUCAGGGGACUGAUGUCAGCCCGUCGAGGCCUGAAGCCUGAGGGAGUGUGGCCGGCCCUGGAGGAGAAUUUCCUGGCCUUCCCGCUGGGCCGGCGUGAUGCCUACACCCCCAGGCCCGGCCCCGGAUGGGAGCAGGAGGAGGAGGCCGAGAGGCUGAAGGAGGCGCUGAGGAGGAGAGGGCAGGAGUUGUUCCUGAUCGUGGAGUUGGCCAGGGCCCUGGCGGAGAAGGCCGGGCAGCUGGGCCGCCGCAUGGAGCCGCCCGAGUGGGAGACGGAGGGACUGCCGAGAGAGGAGAGGGAGCUGAGUCGGAGGGGCGAGGGGCAGUCGAGGAUGAAGGAGCCUCGAGUUCACACGCUGGAAUCCGAGCUACGGGGAGAGAGCAGGGGGGACAGGCCUGCGGAGAGAGGGAGGCCUGGAGAGGAAAGGCCGGACCAGGCACAAAUUUCCGGAAUUCAGGAGAGCAGAUAUUUCCAGAAAGUUUCCAGAACGUUCCCGGAGGGAGCUGGAGACUCCUGAGAGACCGGGGAGUGGACAACAGGGUCGAGUACAGGUGGGAGACAGCGCAGAGUUUGAGGAACUGCAGGAGCCGAUCCAGGACAGUGAUCCGCUCCGAGUCUUACAGCAGGCCAUCCACUCCCGGGACGAAGCGAUCCGCAAGAAGCGAGAGUUGGAGCGAGAGCUGGAACAAGUUCGGGAUGAAAGAGAUUCUCUAAGUCGGCAACUUAUCACCACCGUUCGUCACAAGGUUCGACUUAGUCAAGAACUAGAGGACUGGCAGGAGGAUGUACAGACUAUUCUACAACAGCAGCUACAGACUCAGCAUGGACAGGAGAGGCGGGGGGAGAGUUCAAGGGGAGGGGGUAGAGUCGACACACCUUCCCCUUCCCAAUCUCCCCGGGACCACCGCGGUCUCCUCUCCCUCUUCCGGAAACUCUAAUGGGGAAAGGAGAGCACACCUCUUCCUCUCCUCCCCCUCCUCUUCCCUUCUCACCCCGCCCCCAUCCCCUUCUCCCCCCAUUCUCCCUCUACCACCCUCCCCUCUCCCCUCCCCUUCCACCUCCCUUUCCUCGUUCCACCCUCUCUCCCGAGACUGUCCCUUAAGGAAGAUGUUCUGUCGAGAAGGGCUGUCCUAAGAAAGACGGUCCCUUUAAGAGAGACUGUCCCUUUCAGUAGGAAAAUACUCUUGAGGACUGUAGCUUUAAGAAGGACUGUCCCUUUAAUAUGGACUUUACCUUUAAGAGAGGCUGUUCCAUUACGAAGGACUGUCCUUUUCAGAAAGGGCAGUCCAUUUAUGAAAGACUAUCACUUUAAGGGGGAAAACACCUUCAUGAUGCACUGUCCCUUUAAGAAGGAAUAUACCUUUAAGGUUUGUAUCUUUAAGGACUGCAUCUUUCAAAUACACUGUCGCUUUAAGAAAAAAGAUACACUCAAGGACUGCUCCUUUAAGAAGGACUGCAUCUUUAAGGACUGCCCCUUUAAGAAGGACUGUCCAUUUAAGAAGUCAUAUCUAAGGAUUGUACCCCAAAGGACUGCCCUCUUUAAGAAAUGUGGUGCCCUCUGUGAAGACACUUUUAUUUCUCUAGCACAUUUAAAAAACAACUCUCGUUGACCAAAGUGCUUUACAUUGGUGGAGUUACUAACGUUAUACAACAUUGGUUCAUAGAUUAAGUACAUACAUAAAUACAUACAUAUAGCCCUCCCUCAGAGGACGCCAAGAAAGGCUUGUGAGUAAAGAUGAGUUUUGUCUCGACUUAAAGGAGUCGAUGGUGGGGGCAGUUCUGAUGGGAAGAGGGAUGCUGUUCCACAGUCUAGGAGUGGCAACCGCAAAGGCGCGGUCGCCCCUGAGCUUAUGCCUGGACCGCAGGAUAUCCAGUAACCCCGUCGACUGAUCUGAGGGACCUGGAGGUGGUGUGGUGGGUAAGCAGACAUUUGAUGUAGGUGGGGGCAAGCCCAUUAAGGGCUUUGUAGACAUAAAGAAGGAUCUUGAAAUUUAUUGGGAACCGCACCAGGAGCCAGUGGAGAGGCCAGGAUCGGGGUGAUGUGGUCCCUUUUUCGGGUACCCGUCAGGAGUCUCGCUGCGGCGUUUUGGACCAGUUGCAGGCGGGACAGGGAAGAUUGGCUGAUGCCAGUGUAAAGGGAGUUGCCGUAAUCGAGGCGGGAGGAGAUAAAUGUGUGGGUGAUCUUUUCGAGGUCAUCAAACUGGAGGAAUUGUUUUAUUUUAGUUUGAGUAAUGGGGUAAGGCUUCCAAGGCUGCCUGCUAUCAUUUGGAUUGAGCCCGAGGGACCGAGAAGGAUGACCUCAGAGUUACUCUCGUUUAGUUGGAGGAAGUUCUGGGCCAUCCAGCACCUUAUAUCCUCGAGGCAGCGGAUAAGGUUAAGUAGAUUUGAUCGGUUUUUGGGCUUCAGGGGGAGAUAGAGUUGUGUAUCUUCUGCGUAGCAAUGGAAGGAAAUGCCGUGCCUUUGAAUGACUUGGCCUAAGGGGAGCAUAUACAGGGAGAAGAGAAUGGGGCCAAGGAUGGAACCUUGUGGAACCCCACAGCAGAGACUAGCUGGGGAGAUGAAAGAGUUGCCUAUGUUAGUAGAGAAACUCCUACCUUUGAUGUAGGAGAUGAACCAGCUCAGGGCAGUGCCAUCAAUACCAACCCCGUACCGGAGACGGCCAAUUAGGAUGGUGUGGUCAACAGUAUCAAAUGCUGCGCUGAGGUCAAGAAGGAGCAGAAUUGCACAGUCGCCGGAGUCAACGGUGAGCAGUAGGUCAUUAUGUACCUUCAACAAGGCAGACUCUGUGCUGUGGUGGGCCCUGAAACCUGAUUGGAAAGUUUCCAAGAUAGUAUUUUGGUGAAGAUAAGGCAUAAGUUCACUUAAAAUUACAUUUUCAAGGGCUUUUUCAGGAGGGGCUGGACCACCGCCUGCUUGAAGCAGGUUGGAACAGUGCCAGUGGCCAGAGAGCUGUUGAAGAUGGCGAGGAUGCUGGGACCGGCUAUUGUAAUGACAUCCUUCAGAGG